AUGAGGGCACGAGUCCUGUUCUGCUGCCUGGCGGCCUCGCUCCUGCUCUCAGGACAGGCAGAACUGCAAGUCUCUGCUUCGGGUGGCACAGAAGAUGUUGCCAAUUUGUUGGAGAAUCAUUUCUCUGCUGGAGAUGCAAGUCUAGAGGAGAAAGAAAGGGUGCUUUAUGCAGAUGCAGCCCCUCAAGAUGAGAAUCUACUCCUUCACUACUCAGAUUGCAGGGGGGCUGACAGCCAGGAGAAGACCACUGCUGGGGCCCCUCCCACUGACCCUGAAGCCAGCCUUUCCAACGUCUCAGCUGCAGAGUCAGCUCCAACUGGAGACAGGGAUGCUGAGGGGCCUGGGGAGGAAGAGGAGGGCCCCCUAUCAGCAAGCACCCUUCCUCCAGGAGGGGAUGAGGGGCCCAUGGAAGAAGAAGGACCUGAGCUCAGCUCUGGAGAGGAGGCAAUGGGGCUUCCUGCAGAGGGAGCUGCCCUUGGUGGCACAGAAGGAUGGGCUGGUAGUGGCGAGGUCCCCAAGGAAGCUGAGGAAGUCCCAGGGGACAGCCAGCCUGAGGCAGAGGGGGCCUCUCCUGGCUUAGCAGGCGAAGAGUUUCACAGCCUGGACAUGGAGGGUUUGGGCAGCCCAGGGGCUGGUCAGGAGCCAGAAGUGCUUAAAGGAGCCCCAGAUGUGGCUGUGGGAGAAGAGCUAUUGGACAUUGACACAGGAGCCAGGGGAGGCACUGAGGCCCAGGGCAAACCUGGCACAGAGGUGAGGGUCAGCUCAGGGUCUGAGGGCACCAAGACCCCUGAGGCAGGAGGCACAGAGGAGGACAUGGAUGAGGCCUCCUCUGAAGAAGAGGCUGGCGACAACAGUGGAAUCCCAUCUGCAGAAGAGUCAGAAGAAAGUGGUGAUGCGGCAAGUUCAGAAGAAGCAGAGGAUGCCUCUGAGGAGGAGGAGGAGAAGGAGAAGGAAAAGGAGGAACAGAAGGAGGAGGUGGCAGGGGAGCCUGAGGAAGCAGCAGGAACCAACAGUCAUCGGGACAAAGGGGCUCAACUCAGCCCCAAGGAAUUGAAUCCAAGGCCCGAGGGCGACAAGGCCCGGGAAGCUAUGACAGAGGAUCUCGAGGAGGGACUUCUGGGGAGGGGGGCUCCCACGACUGCUCCCCAGGAAGAGACAGAGGAUGUGAAUGAGGAAGCCCUGAUGAGGGACCGUUCCCACAUUGAGAAAACCCUGAUGCUGAACGAGGACAAACCAGCUGAUGAUUACUCUGCGGUGCUGCAGCGACUUCGAAAGAUCUACCACUCAUCCAUCAAGCCCCUAGAGCAGUCUUACAAAUACAACGAGCUUCGGCAGCAUGAGAUCACAGAUGGAGAGAUCACAUCCAAGCCCAUGGUGCUGUUCCUGGGACCGUGGAGUGUUGGUAAAUCUACCAUGAUAAACUACCUCCUUGGGUUGGAUGACACUCGCUACCAGCUCUAUACAGGUGCUGAGCCUACCACCUCUGAGUUCACGGUCCUCAUGCAUGGGCCCAAGCUGAAAACCAUCGAGGGGAUUGUCAUGGCUGCUGACAGUGCCCGCUCCUUCUCACCCCUUGAGAAGUUUGGCCAGAAUUUCCUGGAGAAGCUGAUUGGCAUCGAGGUUCCCCACAAACUUCUGGAGCGGGUCACUUUUGUGGAUACACCAGGCAUCAUUGAGAACCGCAAGCAGCAAGAAAGAGGCUACCCCUUCAAUGAUGUGUGCCAGUGGUUCAUUGACAGAGCUGACCUCAUCUUCGUUGUCUUUGACCCGACCAAGCUGGAUGUGGGCCUGGAGCUGGAAACACUCUUUCGCCAGCUGAAGGGACGUGAGUCCCAGAUAAGAAUCAUCCUGAACAAGGCGGACAGCUUGGCCAUGCAAAUGCUCAUGAGGGUUUAUGGGGCCCUCUUCUGGAGCUUGGCCCCUCUUAUCAAUGUCACAGAGCCCCCAAGGGUUUAUGUCAGCUCCUUCUGGCCACAAGAUUACAAGCCAGACACCCACCGAGAUCUAUUCCUCAAAGAAGAGAUCUCCCUCCUCGAAGACCUGAAUCAAGUGAUUGAGAACAGGAUGGAGAACAAGAUUGCCUUCAUCCGCCAGCAUGCCAUCCGGGUCCGCAUUCACGCCCUCUUGGUUGAUCGAUAUCUGCAGACAUAUAAGGACAAAAUGACCUUCUUCAGUGAUGGAGAACUGGUCUUUAAGGACAUUGUGGAAGAUCCUGAUAAAUUCUACAUCUUCAAGACCAUCCUGGCAAAGACCAAUGUCAGCAAAUUUGACCUUCCCAAUAGGGAAGCCUAUAAGGACUUCUUUGGCAUUAACCCCAUUUCUGGUUUCAAACUCCUCUCUCAGCAGUGCUCCUACUUGGGAGGUUGCUUUCUGGAGAAGAUUGAGCGGGCCAUCACCCAGGAGCUUCCUGGCCUCCUGGGUAGCCUUGGGCUGGGGAAGAAUCCAGGUGCUCUCAACUGUGACAAAACAGGGUGUGGCGAAACCCCAAAGAAUCGCUACAAGAAGCACUAG